GGAGGUUGUACAAGCAGCCGGACUCGGGCUCAGGAAUUUCACUAAAGAGCGAGGCCGCGAGGAAUAGAAGCGGCGCGAAGCUCAAGCUCAAGGUAGCUCAUACUUGGAUCGUUAGCUCUAGCAGUGUACAUAUAUGAGGUGGAAGUCGUGGUUGUUCUUUCGAUUUUUCUUUUGACAAUCAAUCCACCCUCGUCUUCAUUUCUAUAUCGAUAUCUACACAAAAAACCUCAUACAUCAUGGCUCAAGGCAGAAUUUCAUUCGAGGACUACCUCGACCUCACAGCAUUGGUCUUCGAUUGGGGUGACAGCUACGAUGCAAAGGACUGGAAACGACUCGAAUCCAUCAUCGCGCCCGAGCUUCUCGUAGACUACACCACCAUUGGCAAAGGCUGCUGGGAAUCCAUGCCCGCUUCCCAAUUCAUGGCCAUGGUAACCGAUGACGAUUUCCUCGGCGAUCCAUGCGUCAAGACCCAACAUCUUCUCGGUGCUACCCGCUGGGAGAAAAUCUCAGAUGAUUAUGUCAUUGGACAUCAUCAAUUGAGGGCUGGUCACCAAGUGUACAAAGCUGCAGAUUUGAAGGAAAUCAAAUUGAAGGGUCACAGUCAUGCCACCAAUGAACAUUAUUACAAGAAGGUUAAUGGGGUCUGGAAAUUCGCGGGAUUGAAACCACUUGUAAGAUGGAAUGAGGGUGAUGGAGAGAACGAUUUCUUGAAGGUUUUCAAGGGAAGCUAUAAACAAUAAAUGGGAAAAGUAAUAUCUAGUUAGUUAAGGUGUCUGGGGUACGAAAGGUGGCUUGGGUGUCUUCUAGGGAUGAUAGCUUUUUGGUGUUGUUGAGGUCAAUAUAUCCAUUUUAUA